CCCUCAUCCCCUUCCCCAUCCCCGGAGCUGUCUCCUUCUCUUCCCCUCCAGCCGUCCUCCUCACCGUCGCCUCUGCCGUUCCCCAGGCGGCCCGGCCCGGCCUUCCUGCCCCGCGUCCCCUCCGGCCGGUGCCUCUCCCCCCGGCGGGCUGCCUGCAUGUCUUUGCUGCCCUCAGCCCCGCCGCCACCGCCGCCGCCGCCUCCCCCGCCGCCGCAGCACCAGCACCAGCCGCCUCGCCGCCGCCGUCGCCGCCGCCGCCCGGACCCCGGCGCGCUGAAUGCAGACUAAUAGGGAUGCCAAAGGAAAAAUAUGAUCCUCCAGAUCCUCGCAGAAUUUAUACCAUCAUGUCAGCAGAGGAGGUAGCCAAUGGGAAAAAAUCUCACUGGGCAGAAUUAGAAAUCUCGGGUAGAGUGCGGAGCUUAAGUACAUCACUUUGGUCAUUGACCCACUUGACAGCGCUGCACCUGAAUGACAAUUACCUUAGUCGCAUUCCACCUGAUAUUGCCAAGCUUCAUAAUCUGGUUUACCUGGAUCUGUCAUCCAAUAAACUCAGAAGUUUACCAGCAGAACUAGGAAACAUGGUGUCUCUCAGGGAAUUGCUUUUAAAUAACAAUCUGUUACGGGUUUUGCCUUAUGAACUUGGUCGGCUUUUCCAGCUACAAACUCUAGGUUUGAAAGGCAAUCCUUUAUCACAGGAUAUUCUCAAUUUAUACCAGGACCCAGAUGGAACCAGAAAGCUACUGAACUUCAUGCUUGACAAUCUUGCAGUUCACCCAGAGCAGCUUCCUCCGAGGCCAUGGAUUACAUUAAAAGAACGAGACCAAAUUCUGCCCUCAGCAUCAUUCACGGUUAUGUGUUACAAUGUGUUAUGUGAUAAAUACGCCACCCGGCAGCUAUAUGGCUAUUGCCCAUCCUGGGCAUUAAACUGGGAAUACAGGAAAAAGGGAAUUAUGGAAGAAAUUGUUAACUGUGAUGCAGAUAUCAUUAGUCUUCAGGAAGUGGAAACAGAGCAAUACUUCACUCUCUUUCUGCCAGCGUUGAAGGAGCGUGGAUAUGAUGGAUUUUUUUCUCCAAAGUCACGUGCCAAAAUCAUGUCUGAGCAGGAGAGAAAGCAUGUGGACGGUUGUGCAAUAUUCUUCAAAACGGAAAAAUUUACAUUGGUGCAGAAGCAUACAGUGGAAUUUAACCAAGUGGCAAUGGCUAAUUCAGAUGGAUCCGAAGCUAUGCUGAACAGAGUGAUGACAAAAGAUAACAUUGGUGUUGCUGUGGUAUUAGAGGUCCACAAAGAACUAUUUGGAGCAGGUAUGAAGCCUAUUCAUGCUGCAGACAAACAGCUGCUUAUCGUGGCAAAUGCCCACAUGCAUUGGGACCCAGAGUAUUCUGAUGUGAAACUCAUCCAGACCAUGAUGUUUGUCUCAGAGGUUAAAAACAUUCUGGAGAAAGCCUCUAGUAGGCCUGAGCCAGCUGCAGAUCCUAAUUCCAUCCCGCUGGUGCUAUGUGCAGAUCUUAACUCAUUGCCAGAUUCAGGUGUUGUGGAAUAUUUAAGCAAUGGAGGAGUUGCUGACAACCAUAAAGACUUCAAGGAACUAAGGUACAAUGAGUGUCUUAUGAACUUCAGCUGCAAUGGAAAGAAUGGAAGCUCAGAAGGGAGAAUCACACAUGGCUUCCAACUUAAGAGCGCCUAUGAAAAUAACUUGAUGCCUUAUACCAAUUACACCUUUGAUUUCAAAGGUGUGAUUGACUACAUUUUCUAUUCCAAGACUCAUAUGAACGUGCUUGGUGUCCUAGGGCCUUUAGAUCCUCAAUGGCUGGUUGAGAACAACAUCACUGGGUGUCCGCACCCUCACAUCCCUUCAGACCACUUCUCACUGUUAACACAACUUGAACUCCACCCUCCACUCCUGCCUCUUGUCAAUGGUGUUCACUUGCCUAAUCGGAGGUAGUGGAGUACUGCCCCGUAAGGACGGGGAUCUGUUGCUAUGGACCUGUACAGUUGUAAAUCAAAGUAUGUAGGAGUGAAGUAUGGCCAUCCUUAAGCUGCUUCUUCAGGUUCCUUUCAUUAUGUGUUGCUCUAAUAAGAUCUUGUACAUUUUUGUGCAUAUUGGUAUCAUUUGGCACUAGGGCAAGAACCAAAGUAUUAAUCUCUUUUCAAAUUUUUAAAUUUAACAUUUUUAAAAUUGGACCUUCUUCAUAUUAUAUUAGGAGUCAGCAUUCAUAAUUGAUAAAUCACCAAUUACAGGCCCAACAACAGUGUAUUUGUUUUUCCAAAACAAAUACUUUCCUUUGGUUUCAAGUGAGUCGGCCACUUUUGUGAAAGGCAGUUUUUUAAAACUGUAAAUACAAGAUUUUAAACUGAAUGAUGGUAUGCCUUACAGGGAAAACUUUCUUGAAUUUCUGUUUUCCUUUAUAGCAAACUGAAUUUUGGCUCCCCCAAGUCGUUGGCACAUUAACAAAGCACUUAAAUUUACUUGUUUUGUAUGUAAACCAUGGAAUAGCCUCUAGCUAUAAAGAAAAACUGAGAAAGAUGGUUGCACAAUAUGCUAUCAAAAUUAAGCAGUUAAAAGCACAUGACAGUUUAUUGUGCAAAUGCUGGUUUUUGGGGUUUUUGUUUUGUUUUUGAGGAAUCAUUCUACUUUUUGUCCCCCUAUUAAUUAUAACUUUAUUUGAAGUAUUAAGUUUAAGCCUGUCUUUCCAGUUUAUUUAUGGGGAAACAGCAAGUAAUUUAUACUGCCACACAUCUUGAAAAAAUUUUCUUUAGGAAGCUCAGAAAAUUAGUGUCCAGUAUUUUUCAUUGAUUACCAUCUACCCUUCUUUUCUGUCUGGUUGUGCUGGAAAAACAAAUAUUAUAUGACUUGUAUCAUUUUUGCUGUUAAAAAAUAAGUAUUCUGAAUAAGAAAUUCCUGAUCAAAGUUUUAAAAGGGGAAAACCAUGUAAAUUGAGAUUUCAUGUGCUUCCUAAAGUAGGUUAAGUGGCUGUUGGUUUUGGUUAUUUUGAACUGACAGUGAAAGGGAUUUUGGGGAAGAAGAGAACAUAGAUAGUAGGGAGUAUCUGAAAACCUUGGCUCAUUUUUCCUGACUCUAGCUGCCAAAUGGCCAUCAUAUGCUUUUAAUCUUUGUUUCCGUUGUCUGUCAGGGUUGAAUUAAGAAGCUACUGGUUUAUUCCCAGCUGUUGACGCUCUUUAGAUAUUGUUGGAAUCCUUUUUUGGCCCUGGAGGGGCCAGUUUAAAAUCUGUGACUUAAAAGACAGUGUAUGUAAUAUCAUUUUCUGGGGGAAAAAUUGGUUGGCUGCUUGAUGUUAAUUAUGGCACAGUAACAGGAAAAGGUUGUGUCUGUGUUGUUAAGUUUUUCUUUAUUCUGCUUUUUUGCUGCUAUAAGAGUUUCUGAAAUUUAUAUUUUAAACCUUUCAUGCACUUUACUGUUUCUAGUCUCAAAAUGUGAUAUUUUUAAUAAACGAGAAAUUUUCCAUUAUGUGAAUGAAAUUUUAGAAGAAAAUAGCCUAUAUUUGUGUCUCAUUUAAUAUAUAAAGUACAGGUCAAAUUUAAAUUAUUUAAUUAGUUUUAAAUAUAUUCAAUUUGUCUCCUCUUUCAAACCUGACAUCUUAGGCUAUUUUAUUAGUCUUAAAUGAUGCAUUUCCUUUGGUCAUUUUAUACUAAUUUCUUCCAUAGUAAAUUAAUCAGGCUAUAUAAAAUAUUAUUUCCCCUGAGGGUAAUUUUAGUAGGAUGAGGGUGGUGGGAUGAUGUAAUAUCAUCUAUGAGAUUGCAUCAGAAGGGUUCUGUAAAGCCUAAUUCCCUUUUUUAAAGUGCCUAGUGUUAGAGGCGUUGUCUUUUGUUAUAAUUGGAAUGCCAUUGUAGUUGAGUCAAGUUUAAUGUAAAUAAAAUAUUCUUUUAACUAUGUUAAAGUACCAGAAUAAACUAACAAAUAUAAAGAAACAACCCUUGAGAUGACAGAUUUUCCUCAGUGUGCAGGUAUCCUUUCUUAUAUACCUCAAGCAUUCAACAUCUAGCCAUGCAAAUUGAUUACCUGAAGCAUAGUACUGGAAAGUAGAAUAGCAUGAAAAACUUAAUUUUGUGGACAUUACCUUUUUUUGUAAUCAGCUACUGUAUGUUUUAUUUUUAAACCCUUUGUUUUGGGUGGGUUUUCUUCUCUGGAGGUAUAUGCACUAACAAAACAUUUUCCUCCUUCCAUAUACGCAUGUUAAUUAGCAAUGUGAGCAAUAUUUCCUACCAUACUUCACUCCCAAUAUUUUUUGAGAUGUUUGUAUAAAAUGGAAUUUAAAGUUCACUUAUGAUUGUAUAUGAACCACAGAGGAGCCCAUUUAUUAAUAAAAACUUUUUUAAUAGUUAAAUGUAGAGGGAAAAAAUAAAAAAAAAUUGGGAAACAUUGUAAACAGCUUAAGUUUAUUUUGUGUAUGAUCGAGGCACUCUGUUGCAGGAAGGUGUGUAAUUGGGUUCUCUCUGCUUCCAAAUGCACUCUUUCAACCAUUCAUUAUCCUGUGUAUUUUUAAUGUGGUUUUAGUAAAUGUCGGCAGUAGCUCUUUGAAGUAGGUAAUGUGUCGUUUAGGGUGGCGCACACUUGGGGCAUGGUGACCCAAAUUUCAUGUGCACAGUUUCCCUUUAGCCCAUUGCCCAAAUUUCACACACCCUUCACCUUUUGUUCCCUUUGUAAAAGGAGUGGUAUCUGUUUUGAGCUGCCAAUUCAGAUGAUCAGAAAUGCUGCUCUCCUCAGUAUUGUCUUGUUAAAAUGCUUGCCAUUUGGAACUUUGGCAGUGAGAAGCCAAAAGGAAGAGGUGAAUGACAUAUGGUAUAUAUUCAGUGAAAGUAAAAUAUGUUUUCAUAUACUUUCUAGUUCUCAGAAUAAGUUAAUAAGCUUUAUUCCAUGGGGCUGCUGCAUAUUUUAUCUGAAGUUAAAAGAAAAAUUGGGCAUUUUUAGAUCUUGGUAUAUGUGUUUUUUUAAGCUGUUAAAUAUGAUUUCUGAUAUUUGUCUAAGAACUGGAGUGUUCUUUAAAUUUAUCAUAACCAGUGUUGUUUGAGGAAAGGAAAACUGCACUGUUCGCCAUUACAACUGUCAUACAAGUGCAUGUCAAGUCACCCACUCUCUCAGGCAUCAGUGUCCACCUCAUAGCUUUACACAUUUUGAUGGGGGAAUAUUGCAGCAUCCUCAGGACUGACAUCUGGGAAAGGCUCACAUCCACUUACUGCUCCUUGCUUGUUGACUUUGUUUUAAAAUAUUGUGCCUGGUGUCAACUUUUAAGCAACAGCACUGCCUAAAAGCAAGCAGAGAACAGAAUCCCAGCACCAUUCUAUAGGCAACUUUUUAGACUUCAGAUAUAGUAAAUCUGUUCAAGAUUUAUGAUGUUUUAUGUAAAAAAAAUUUUGUACAAUGUAGCUGAAUAUUUUUGUUUCAUUUCUUUGAUGUAAGGUGUGUGAACAUUUGAAUAUCACAUGUUAAAGUCAGGUAUGGCACAAUGGGUUCUGAGACCAGCUUUUUCCCUCCUCCCAUUUGCCUUGUUCCACGCUUUUUCUUUUCAAAUUGCUGUUCUGAUAUUCAUAGACAAAUAUUUAAUUUUACUAACAAGCAUCUUGUGUGAAUGUAUUAAAGAAGCCACUAUGUUUUAGUGUUGUAGUUUGCAGAAAUAUAAAAGCUCAGUUUCUUAUUUGUCCCUGUUCUUUGGUGUCUUAAAGUUAUAUAUAAAAUCACAGAGAAGCAAGAGGGAAAGUUGAAAGAUAUCCAAGGCUCAUAUCACUUGAUUCAAUUCUAGAAUUGAGAGUAUGGCACAUUAAAAUGAGAACAUGGGCAAACAUAUUGUGUUCCAUUUUAAACUUUUAUCUUCUAAGUAUCUGUUGUUAAAUGGGUGAAAAUUUAAGUCUCUAUUUGCAUUCUUAAGAGUUUCUAAAAAUCACUAAUGCCAUCUAUAAAAUAUCAAAUAGCAAGGAGUAGAGAAAGCACAAGGGAAAAAUAGGUUGAAUAUGUACUUUGGAGGAAGAGACGUAUAUGGUUAGUUAUUCAUAAUACAAGGCUAGAGUUUCUAGCAAUAAAAUUGACUGGGUCCCAAAAUUUAUUUGAUCAAAGGUCUAUAUUCUGAGUUUCUGUGAUGUUUAAAUAGCUUUUCAAGAUACCCUUACUGAUCAGUAGCUGCAUUCACAGAAAGUGUGAUUAGUUUCCGAUUCAUUUGGCAGCCCAUAAGAAGAGUAAUGGUUUUGUAAUGAGCAAGACUUUAUGGCACAUUUUCAAAAUAGCACUCAUGUUGACAGAAAUGUGAAGUCUCACAUUUGUAAGGUGUUCUCUUUUUUUCUGUCUCUCCCACCUGCCCUCCCUUUAUAAAAAAUCACUUUUCAGAUGUGUGGAGGAUUCAGCUCAAGCUUCCAAAGGUAGGAAGGAAGUUGUAGAAUAGUCUUUUGCUUAAUUCAAGAUACCAAAAUGUUUGCCUCUUUCCUUCUGAAUUGUAUCAUGUUUGUAGAACUUUGUGAAUUGUAGGUAGACAAAUUAACUAAGGAAGUAAGAAUAUUUUUCUAAGCCAGGAUCUACAGCUAAAGUUUUCCUUUGAAGACAGAUGAGAACUUUUGUGUUUAUGGUUGCUUUGGGUGAUUUAAAUUUUUAAAUAGCAUCUUGAACCCCUAAUUUGCAACUCAAACUUAAGUAAAUCAGUACACCUUUAACCUGGCUUAUUUACCAAAGUUGUAAUCUGUUUAAGAAUGAGAUGCCAAGAGCAUCUUUCAUAUUAAUAGUAUGCAAAUCUUAUUUUAUAAGUGUCACCUUUAAAGCUUGAGGGUACUGCAGGAUGCUCUGAACAAGAUUUAGAGUCAGGAAGAAAAAGUUCUUUUCAGGAAGGUGGUAAUAGAGGGCAUGCAUAUUUCUUAUUUUAACCAAAUAACCUUCUUGAUGUAAAUUUCUGUUAAACCACAAGCCCUACAAUAAGAAAGAGGGAGAGAUCAGGAAAAGUGAGCUUUAUUUAGCCUAGUUAGUAACUUAUUUUGGCAUAAAUAUGUUUGGAUAGACUUGGGUUAUUCUUGGCACCAAAGGAAAUACACAUGUUGAGUUUUCAUUCAACAAACAUGACAUCAUAGUAACAAUAUUUUUCAGUAAAAUAGCUUCCAUUUUCAAAGCAUCUGAAAGGCAUUACUGCUGUUAAAUGUUAAUUUCAUGGCACACAACUCAAUAGCAUUGUACUGAAAUUAGAAAUGGUGUCAUCAGAAAUAAAUCACAUUGUGAAAAGAGUAUGCAAAUGCCGAGUGAUAUGACUCUUUUGGCACAGUAUAUAGUACAUGCGGUUUUCAAAAUCUUUCCAAAGGCAUAGUUUAGCACCUAAUACUAGUUAUUUUUGUCAUAACCCUCUCCCCAAAUUUAAAUGACUUCCCUGUUUCUGUGUCACUUUUAAUUCUAAAGCAUAAGAAUCAUGGUAUCCCUCCUAGAAAUGGCCCUUUCUUCCUCAUUUCAGUUUUGUGUUAAUUUCUAAUUACUGAUAUAUGACUGUAUUUUCUUUCAAGCUGUCAAUCAUUGUAUGUACCACAUUUGUUUAAUUUGCCUAUAGUUAUCUAAACUCACAAAAUUGACUCAGUGUUGAUGUGACAAACAGUGGCUUUGCUUCUUACUGAACAGGCUUAGCAUCCUGCUACUUGUUUCAAUCUUGAUGCAGUAAAUGAUGCAGUGUCUGGGUUUGUAUUUAUUCAGAAACUGUACUGUCCUUUCUCUGUGCUUAACUUGCUAAAAAUAUAUUCCCUUACCUGUGAAAUUCCUGAGCGGUGCUCUACCAACUUUUAAAGCGGGUUGGGGUGGGGGGUAUGGGUGGCUGUGUUACUUGCACACUGGAUCUGGAAUUGUUCAGUGUUGUAAGUGGCAAAUUUCUUAAACACCAGCAGCACUGAGAAGUGCACAAUGGGCAUUCGUACGGUUGUCCAAAUGAAAGCAAUUCUUUCAUCUAGGAGAAGCUGAGAAAUAGAAUUCAAAGAGGGUGAAUGUUUCAAGUACUCUGGGUUACAGUGGUAUGCAAGUUUUUAUGUUUUAGGAAGUGUGUAUGUGUAUCUUUUUUUUUUCAGAAAAGGCCAGGGUGUUGGUCAGAUUCACCAUGGAUUAAUUUAUAUCUCUUAUUGUGAUUACUUUCAACCAUUCACAAGUGCCAACUAAUUGUCCAUGAGAUGAUCUACUCUUCCACUCAGUUUACCAUUUGAGUAGGGAAUGGUCCAUUUAUUUUCAUUACCUGGCACUAAAUUGAAUAUUUCAUUGUUUUGCUUGCAAUUGAGUCAUUCUGUGGCCUAUGAAUUGUUUUUGUAACUAUCUAAUUCUAAUUGUUGGAAAGUGAAGCACAGGAGUUUAAAACUGAACAAUUUUUUUAGUGAUUUUUUUUAUAAAUAUUUGAUAGUUUCUAUUGGUACUAUUCCAAAAUUCUACUGUUUUAGGUUGUGUUUAGUUUGCUUUUGUCCUAAGAAAAAGCCAAACAAUUAAGUCCAUGUUUUAUUGUGUUCCAGUAAUCAGUUUAAAAUUUAGGAUUUUCUUUUUCUUUUUCUUUUUCUUUUUUUGAAUUAUAGGGGAUUUAAUGAAGUGCCAUGUAAUUGUAGCUUGCUAAUGUUUAAUAGACCGGUUCUGUGGUGUUCUCAUCAUUUAACACUGUCAUCCCUGGAGAAAGUGGUUUUACUCUUAUUGAACACAUUCUCUCUGACAAAAUCACCAGCUGCUUUAUUUUUCUAUUUAUUAUAGUUAAAAAGUUGAAAAGAUCUGAAUCUUGACCAAACUGCUCAGCUGAGAUGUUUUUUGCAGUAGACACUGUACAAAAUAUGUGUGCAAAAGGACACAGUUGGGUGGUAGUAUUUUUUUCAUUAAUGUGAACAUUGACUAAACAAAGCAGUCCUGCCUUUUAAAUCUUGUGGCAGCUCAGAAGGGAGGUGCUUAAGAACCUUAACUACUAUGUCAGAUGACAAAAUACUUUUUUCCAUUUUGGAGAUUGGGUACUGCUCACACAUGAUGUAUAGGGCUAAAUAUAUGCUUGUUUCCUUGCACCUGUGUACUUCCCCUUCUAUCCCUCCCUUACCCUCCUCUGUAGGCAAUAAAUGGCCAUUUUGCAACUGCA